CCAACACCGAGCCCGGAGUGAAGGCCUUAGGGACUUUGAAGGAAAGGCUGACUCCGAGAUCGGGCGGGACAUCCAAAAAGAGCAUGAAGAAAAUGGUCAUCAUACUCUACCUAAGCAGCCCUUUGAUCAGCGGACUAGGGAAUCUGCUGGUCAAAGACAACGAUGUCCUGGAGAUGCCAACUGACCACGGCAACCACCACGUUGCCGUUCGUCAACAACCCAUAAAUGCCCUGAUCUCCUGCAUCCCGAUCCUCAACCAGGAUCAACGGGCAGCCACCCCUCUGCCAGAUGUAGUACAGAUCGAGGAGAAACCUUUUGUCGGACUUGAACAACAAGGCACCUCCGAGGUCGUUAUGGGCUGUACAGAACCUGUGGCCACCCAGAACAACACUGAAAUCUCGGACAUGACAUACGACGAAGGGGAGGAACCGUUGCAGGACUCCAAAAAAAAGAGCCUCGGUUGGAGAUUCCUCCAUUGGCUAAGUGUGGUGGAAAAGUACCCCAAUCAUAAGAGGAUCACCAGGACCUAUCUGAAGGAGGCCACGGAGGAACACCUCAUCUCCAGCAAGGCUUUUAAACAUCAGGCUGCUUUGUUGAGUACAAAGCUCUCCAUGGGCGAGAAAGAGCAGAUACGGAUGAGGAUCUACCGGGCUGAGCGCCGGGAGCAGAAGGAGGCUCUGAGGCUGAAGGAGGAGCAGCGCUACGAGCAGUGGGCUGCUGAAGUGGGCCUCUGCGAUGCAGGAGAGGGGCCAGAAGAUGGGCCUAAGAAAAGGAUGACCAGAUUGGAGAAGGUGGCUUUGGGUUGCAUUUCCAGAUUGGUCUCCCUGUUCCAAUAGGCCAAUCCCCUCCACUCGGCCAACCCUGGUGCGGGUCACCUGUACAUACAUAUACAAUGCAACACAAAAAAAUUCAAAGAAAUACCAAAAUACUACGAAAGAAUACAAUAGCAAUUUUGAGCUUUAAAAAACAAGAAAAAACCUGAAGACAACAUGGCCCUAUGGACCAAUCACCCAUGGCAACGGUAUCCCCGUCUUCUCAGGGCGUCUUCCAUGGCAUAACAGGCCAAGUUCAAGAGCAGCUCAAGCUGGAAGUACCAACAGUGUAAUGUUUCCACUGUCAUACUGUGUAUUUUUUACUCUGUAUUCGACUGUACUAAAAUAAAAAA